CAGGAAACGAAAGCGUUUGGUUAGAAAACGGUCUUGUUGUUGUCACAAACAGGCUGUUUUACGGAGGAUAUCUUCACUUUAUUUUAUCUUUCAGGUUACUUCCUCAACACCCAACAAAGCAGCCAUGACAUCCAAAGGUGCCAAAGAGACCAUCGUCAGCAGGUUGGGUUUCAAAUCCAGCAGCUCUGCGUCCAAAGCUGAGGUGGAGCUGGACAAAGUCAGGAAGGAGAACGCUCACCUCAGGAGAAAGAUCGAUGAACUGGCCAAGCGACACAUCAAACCCCCUGACACAGAUAAAAGCAAGCUGCUGGAGAGGAUCCUUUCCCUCGAGACGCUGCGAGAGAGAAACAAUCAGCAGUUGCUCGUUAAAGAACAGGAACUAGAAACAAUGAGACAGCAGCUGUCAGCUAAAGGAGGAGAGGUGGUAGCAUCACUGCAGGCCCAGCUGGAGCAGCGGAGGAAGGAGGCAGAGCAAAGGGACGCGUUGUUCCAGAAUUUGUCACAGGAGACAGGGAACUUGAAAAACCAGCUGGCCACUGUUUCUGCUCGCUGUCAGUCCCUGGAAACACAGUCCAUGAAUGGACAGGUACCUCCUGCAGACGUGGCAUUGGUACAAGAUCAACUGAGAGACGCUCUUGAGAAGAAUCAGCAGUGGCUGACGUACGACCAGCAGAGAGAGGCCUACGUUCAGUCCGUCCUCGCCCGCACGCUGGAGCUGGAGCAGCAGCUGGCCGAGGCGAAGCAGCAGCAAACCAAACAAGAGGCCACUUCAGAUGCUCCUGGCACCUCAGCAGGUCCAGAAAAGGACGCUCAGCUAAAGAGCCACUAUGAUCAGUUGCUGUUGGGGGUACAGAAAGACCUGGAGAGGCAAAAAGAUCAGCUCACCAGCAGCCAACAGGAGCUCAGUGUGCAGAGGGAACAGACCGUAAAGGCUCAGGCCGAGCUGCUGUCUCAGAAGGAGCUGGUCACCAGGCUCCAGGAUGAGAUGUCAGCACUGCAGAGGAGGUACGACGACAAGUGCAGCGAUCUGACAUCUUUACUGAGGAAGUAUGAAGAGAAGAGCAAAGAGUCGAAGGAUGUAAAGAUGCAGCUGCAGGCGGAGCGACUCAGCAACAGACAUGAAGUGUCUGAGGAGAGAAAGGUGUUGUCUGAGCGGUCAGACAGGAUGAGAAUGGAACUGGAGAACAUGGACAUCAGAUUGGAGGAGGAGAGGAAGAGAUCUGCUGAGCUUCUGCUGCAGGUGAAUAUGCUGCAGAAGUCUCUUCUGAGCCAACAUGAAGAACAGAGGAGGAUUGCAGCUCUGGAGCAACAGAAUCAAAAGUUCUCCGACUUUGUGGACAAACAGACUGGAUACAAGACUAAAAACAUGCUCACUUUCCCUCUGAUGGCUGAUAAAGAGUGCCUUGGAGUCGUCAUGGCACUCAAUAAAAUAGGAGCUGAUAAGUUCUCCCCAGAGGAUGAGGCGCUCUUCCACAAGUACAUGAACUUUGCCCAAGUCAUCACCAUGCAGCAUUACACAACCUACAUGUUUAACGUGGAGUCCAGAAGGAGUCAGGUGCUGCUCUGGUCCGCAAGCAAAGUAUUUGAAGAGUUGACAGACAUUGAGCGACAGUUCCACAAAGCGCUCUACACUGUAAGGACCUAUCUACAAUGCGAACGAUACUCAGUGGGCCUGCUGGACAUGACCAAAGAGAAGGAAUUCUAUGAUGAAUGGCCGGUGAAACUGGGAGAUGUGGAACCUUAUAAAGGACCAAAAACGCCAGAUGGCAGGGAAGUAAACUUUUACAAGAUCAUUGACUACCUCCUGGAAGGCAAAGAAGAAAUCAAAGUCAUACCUGGUCCCCCUGCAGAUCACUGGGCUCUAGUUAGCGGCCUACCGACCUACGUUGCAGAGAAUGGCUUUAUUUGCAACAUGAUGAACGUGGCUGCAGAUGACUACUUCACUUUUCAGAAAGAGGCUGUGGACGAGACAGGUUUUGUCAUCAAGAACGUUUUGUCGCUGCCCAUCGUCAACAAGAAGGAAGAAAUUGUGGGCAUUGCCACUUUCUUCAACAGGAAAGACGGCAAGCCAUUUGAUGAGCAUGAUGAACAGAUCACUGAGGCCCUGACGCAGUUCUUGGGUUGGUCCGUGUUGAACUGCGACACCUACGACAAGUUGAACCGUAUGGAGUACAGGAAAGACAUCGCCCAGGAGAUGCUGAUGUGCCAGACCAUGUGCACCAAAGAUGAGCUGCAGGCCAUUCUGAACACCAAGGAGAAGUUUGACGCAGAACCUGAAGACUGCGACCAGAAAGAGAUGUACAAACUGUUGAGAGCAACCUGCCCGGCAGCUAACAAUGUCAACGGAGAAGAUCUGUACCUGUUCUCCUUCAGCGACUUCCCCGUCACGGAGUUCGACCUCAUCAAAGCCGGAAUUCGCAUGUUCUUUGAGCUCGGAGUCAUUGAGAAGUUUAAAGUUCCCGCAGACACGCUGACCAGGUGGAUGUACACAGUGAAGAAGGGUUACCGUGCCAUCACCUACCACAACUGGAGGCACGGCUUCAACGUAGGCCACACCAUGUUCUGCCUGCUGCAGACAGGGAAGCUGAGGAAGUACUACUCUGAUCUAGAUGCCUUUGCCAUGGUGGCUGCUGCUUUCUGCCACGAUAUCGACCACAGAGGAACCAACAACCUCUACCAGACAAAGAGUGCAUCCCCUCUGGCUAAACUUCAUGGCUCCUCCAUCAUGGAGAGGCACCAUUUGGAGUACAGCAAGACGCUGAUGGGCGAAGAGAGCCUGAACAUCUUCUGCAACCUCCAGAAGCGUCAGUUUGAGCAUGUGCAGCACUUGUUUGAUGUCUGCAUCAUCGCCACCGAUCUGGCCCUUUACUUCAAAAAGAGAACCCUGUUCCAAAACAUUGUGAAUGCCACAGAGCCGAUGACAGUGGAAAAGGAGGCCAUUGACUUUGUUUCUAACAACCCCACCAGGAAGGAAGUCAUCAUGGCCAUGAUGAUGACAGGUUGUGACUUGUCAGCUAUCACCAAACCCUGGGAGGUACAGAGCAAGGUGGCUCUGAUGGUCGCUGCUGAAUUCUGGGAGCAGGGAGAUUUGGAGAGGACUGUUUUGGACCAACAACCAAUUCCCAUGAUGGACAGAAACUGUGCCGAACAGCUACCCAAGAUGCAGUGUGGUUUUAUCGACUUUGUGUGCGCAUUUGUGUACAAGGAGUUCUCCAGGUUCCACAAAGAGAUCCAGCCCAUGUUUGACGGUCUGAACAACAACAGGGCACACUGGAAUGAGCUGGCUGAGGUAUACAACGCAAAGAUGAAGGCUAUUGAGGAUCAGAAGAAGAAACUGGAAGAAGAGGAAGCCAAGAAAGCUGGUGGAGGCGAAGGGAAGUCAAAGACCUGCACCAUCUGCUAAGUUCCUCCGGUGCUUGGAUCUGGACUGAUGCAGUCUGGUUAGGACUAAUCUAGGCUAUGCCAGCCUAUUCUGGUCUGACAGCUAGUCUAACUGGGGCUUGACUAGGCCAGCUUGGUCUGGUCUGAUCUACACCAGUGUAGUUCUCUCUGGUUAGGUUGCAGUCCGCUCUGGUGCAGUCCAGCCGAGCCCCAUUUGGUCUGGUCCGGUCCAGUCUAGCCUACUUUAGUCUAGUGUAGUCAGGUCUGGUCUGUGGUCCAGUCUGCCGAACUAUCCUCCGUGGAGGGAAGAGUCAGGAACAUCACCAGGAAGCAAUGUUGGGACUCUGACUGCAAGAGAAGCCUGUUUGACUCGGAAGAUGUGAUGCAUCUGAAACGUCUUCCUUCCUCUGCUUCGACGAUACACAGCAAUGAACUUUUGAAAAAUAUAUACAUGGACAACAUAUGUUUCCCUUUAUCAUAGCAAUAAUCGACACAUUCCUGGUAUGCGUGGUUUAAAACCAUGGUUGGAUAAGCUGUAAGCAAACACUCCAAGUCACACUCUUUAGUAUAAAAUGCUUAGCUAGGGGACAACAUGUGCUGCAUGUGGGGUGUAUACAUGCCAAAGCAAGAGUUCUCACUGUGUUGUUCCCAUUGGCAGUCAGUUACCACACUGCAUAGCAGUACUGUAGGUUGCACAGUGCACUUAGACAGAGUCGAUAACCACGUAACUUUAUUCCACUUUAACUGCUUUUGGUUGAAGUAGCAUGAGUUGUGGCAUCAAUUCAACACAAGAGCAGGAAUCUGCACAUGAAUGAUGUGUUAACGCUGUAUGACAAACCUCGACGCUUAAAUACAGCAAGCGACAAUCAAACAAGGGCUGAUGUUCUCUUACCUCAAAAAGGCGCUGAUGAGUUGUGUAAGGGUGUAUUUAUUUUAAUAUGCAAUCUAUCUAUAUACGUAUAUUUUUCUGUCUGACAAUUUUGUACUUGAACUGUCGUCACGGACGGUGAGGUUGCGGCGAGCUUUGAGAGAGGGCGUUGUGAGCAAAUGCAGGCUACAAGUCACAUUCAGGCAUCUAGAACAUGUAUGUGUGUAACUUUAUUGUCAGCUUUGGAAACAAACACCUGUAAGCUGUUAUCUUUAUGCCCAACGACCUGGAUUGAAACAGGCAUAUUUACACCAGUGUUUAGAGCAAAUUGCAAUUCCAACAACUCAAAAAAAAAAAAAAAAAAAGCUAAAACCUGCAUGAUUUCACUUGUACAUAGUUUAUUAUAUAGAAAAUGUAAAUUGUGUAAACUUAACUGAAGCGUAAAACUGAUUUGAAGGAUGUUCAGGAAAGGCAACCUUAAGAGUCACAGUCAGUCAAAGUGGGUACAGAAGAUCUACCUCUCCUGUAAGAAGAUUGGAUGGGAUUUGAUUUGAUUGCCAGCCAGCAUUUGAGAUCCACACAGCUUUAGACUUUAAAUACCCUUCUUACAGAGGAGGCAAAGCAGGCUACCAAAGCCUUGUAUGUAUGUGCAGAGGACUUGUGUUUAAAAUGUGGCAGAUGCAGCUAUAUAGCAUCAUCGAUUGUGCACCGGUUCGGGCCAAAGUCCAAAGUGAUGCAACAGCGUGAUGAAUCACGCAGCAGCUGCGGUUUGAUGUCGUGUCAGUGUGAAUCUCCGUGUAAACCUGAGUUCAGCUUGAUCUGAUCAGGCAUCUGAGUUGACAGUCCCCCCCCCCCCUGCGGUGCACCUUCUGAAACACUUUUAGCAACGUCCCUCCUGGGGGCAAAGGCAAGCUGUGGCUCUCUACUUCCUGUUACACAAUGUCAUCUCCUCUAAUCAACGGGGCAUCAAUCAAAGGCACUUAAUCCUAUCAGAAUGGCUUUGGGACUACCUGGAAACUCCUUUUCUGCUGCUUGAGGUGAAGCGAGGAGCUAUUGUGGUCACUGGAGCCAGAACUGUGCAACACAACAUUUACUGAAAGUGAUGUUUUAAAUAUUUACCCAUGAAUUUACCUCAUUGUUCCUGCUGCACAUGUUUUAUAUAGAUGGUUACACCACCAGUUCUGUCUCCAGUGAUUAAAAAAAAAGGCUCCUUGCUUUUCUUUCAAGGAUCCUUCGUGAGAUACCAAAUAAUGCACUGUAUACUUUCUACUUAUCCCAUCAACUGUCUUCCAGACAUUAGAAAUCUAUCAUUUGACGUAUGAGAUGACCUCUACUGUAUGUAUGUGUCAUGAGAUGUAAUAUGUGUAAGCAAAU